UACGCAACCAGUAUCUUCCAUUAUUCUAAAAGGAAUAGUUGCGUAUGUAGAAGUACGAUCUGGUAAGGAAUGCCGUUCUUCAGGGACCAAAGCUGAACUACAAUCGCUUGGAGCUAAAAUUGAAAAUAAUUUUACGAGAAAGGUUACUCAUUGUUUUUUUCCAUGGAGGAAAAAUGUCUACUUAUAGAAGAGCUGUUGAAUGGAAGAUUCCACUUGUAUCAACAUUGUGGAUUGAAGCGUGUAAACAAGAACUACGGAUGGUACCACUUGAGGGUUACGAACCCUAUGGUUUAGACAAGUACAAGGAGGCCCUGCCCUUGUAUAAGCUGAAGACUAAAGUGACAAAGCCAACGAUUAAGCGGGCUGUAACUGACAGCAAAAUACUUUCCAAGCCAUGGAAACAAAAUAACAGUGAAACAGACAAGGCUGAAACAAACAACCAGCAACUACGUGCUUCUAAUGAGGCUGAUGGUCUCAUAGAUGCUCUUCACUCAGUUGCGGGAGAUUUCAGGAAAGCGGCAGACCAAUUCGAGAAAAUUUUGACUAGCCCGAUCCUCCAGAAGGGAAAUACAAAAUUAACUACCAGUAAUCAAAAAUCUUCAGAAAAGGAAAAUGAUAGUGAAAAUAUAGCAGGUAGAAAGAAACGUAAUAAAAAGUUGGUCUUUCCUGAACCUACUAAAGAAAAAUGUAAUAAUGAAUCUCAGCAGUCUAAGAAUGGAUCUUGUGAUUUCAGUUUAGUACUUAAUUGUACAGAUGAUACAGAACAAGAAAUCAGAGUCAGCUAUGACUCAGAUGACUUGUUGACUUACGCAAAAAAGGAAGCUGGUAAUCCUAGAUGCAGUGCGCCCGCUCGGCUGCUUACAAGUAGGAAGUGUAAGAAAUUGCUAUCGUCAUGUCAUAAAUUAAUGAAACCGCCAGAACAGAAAGAUGGGGAGUCGUCCAACAACAAUUUACCAAAACCCGUUCAACAUGUUUUGGUACCUGUUAGAUCUCCUAACACUAAGAAAAACAUUCGCCGAUCAACAAGAAAUAAAAAUACAGAUUCUUCCAAUACGAUUGAAAUACAUAAUAAUAAUUUGGAAACUCAACCGAAACCAAAGAAGAGGAAACUUCUAGUGCCGUCGCAGGUUAUAACCACGUUUGAACAAGAUUCUGGAGAGUCCACCCCAGAUUUUACUCCUUUAUGUCCCUAUAAAGAGUCUCCGUGUAAAAAACAAAGAACAGCUACAAUCACAAAAAGUAAAACUGUGAAAGCAAUUCCAGUACGGCCUGUUGUAUCGUCGAGCGAUGCUGAAAGUGAGGACAGUCUGACACGAGCUGCACGAAGGGAAUCUUCUGCUCUGUUCGUCAAAAAAGAGAAGAAAGUUAUUUCACAGCGCAACAUUCCCACUAUUGUGUGCACCAGUUUACAUCGAAGUGAUGUGGAAGUGGUAACGUCGAUAGUGUCAAGGCUCGGAAAGUUCUCUGUGGAAGGGAAUGUGUCAGAGCAUACAACACAUGUUGUGACCAGCGGGCCACGCCGUACCAUCAACCUGCUCAAAGGCAUCGCUCGUGGCUGCUGGGUGCUUGAUGUCCAGUGGGUUUAUGAAUCAUUAGAAGCAGGCAAGUGGCUGCAUGAAGAAAGAUUUGAACUCAUUCAAUUUGGACCGUCGGUUAAACAAGCCAGAGUGGAGCGUCAGGCGUUUGGGGCC